AAGCUUGAAAUUGAGGUGUGGAAGAGAAGAGAACAGAGUAUACAGAACCAGAAACACAAACCAAAAAGCCUUGUUCCUUUUGCUCUCUAACAUCUAUCUAAUCAUUAUCUAUCCUUAAAUCCCUCCCUCGUUGUUGGAAACUGGAACCUGUUGAACUCCUUGUCGCGAAACUGAUGAACGCCGCUAAGAGCAUGUUUUCUUCUUCAUCUCCACCGUUUUCUUCACCUACAGUUAUGAUGCUUCAUGAACAAGCUGUUCCUGCUGUUUCUUCUUGGCCUUCUGGUAUUGCAGCACAGCAUUUUCCUACUUCAGUUCUUUUGCAAGAGCAGCGUGAUGAGUAUAAGCCUCUACUUCACAUCAAUAAGGAAGAUAAGACACCCCAGGCGACUUCGAGUAUGAGGCCGAUGGAUGUGGCCUUAGUUCAAGAGAAGAACAACACUGGCAAUGCUGAUGAGUUAGUGCACAACUUUAUGCAGCAGUUGCAUCUCCGGUGUCAUUUGCAGAACUUAUUGAGUUCUUCGCUAACCAGGGAAAUUGCUGCUUCUUCGACUCUGCAAUCUAUUACUGAUGAUUCAGAGCGGUCUCCGGAUGGCCUUCAAUGGAAUGCAGUUUCUCUUGCUAAGCAAGCUUUGUCAGCCUCAAAACAAGCAGCUGCAGUAGCUGAGGAGUCGAAACUUAUUGAAGCUGAUGAUGAUGAUAAUGAUGAUUCACUUCCUUUCGGUCUGGCCUCCACAUGUUUCCCCGACUCUUCAGUUAGAAGGAAUAAAAUUGUGAGGUCAACACGGCUUAAAGAAAGACGAUCUAAACAGAGAAAAGUAUCAAAAUCGAGUGUUCUUGACGAUGAAAGUUACCUUACAAGAAAGUCAGAUGUUCAAGGAAGGUUACGUGUAGAGAAGAAAUUAAAAGAAGGGCUUGAUCAAAAUGAUCCCCUGCGCAUGUUCUUAUGGGGUCCUGAAACUAAGAAACUUUUGACCUUUGAAGAAGAGUCUCAAUUGAUUUCUCAGAUACAGAAUUUGUUCAGAUUGGAAGAAGUGAAGAUCAGGCUUCAAUCUCAGUUUGGGCGUGAACCAACUAUGGCUGAAUGGGCAGAUGGUGUGGGUCUUAGCUGUUAUGCCCUGCAGACACAGCUUCGUAGUGGUACAAGAAGCAAGGAAAAGCUGAUUCAUGCCAAUUUACGCAUGGUAGUUCAUGUUGCUAAAAAUUAUCUGGGGCGUGGUCUCAGCUUUCAGGACUUAUUGCAGGAGGGAAGUAUGGGUCUCAUGAAGAGCGUUGAAAAGUUUAAACCCCAAGCUGGUUGCCGGUUCGCUUCUUACGCUUACUGGUGGAUAAGGCAAACAAUAAGGAGGGCCUUAUUUCUACAUUCUAGGACGAUCCGUCUUCCGGAGAAUGUUUACACCCUUUUGGGCAAGCUCAUCGAAGCAAAGAAAUUCUACAAUAGAGAAGGAAAUGUUCACCCCACAAAAGAAGAAUUAGCAAGAAAAAUAGGAGUUACAGUAGACAAGUUGGAAAUAUUGCUAUCUGCUGCCAGAAUUCCACUUUCGAUGCAGCAAACGGUGUGGACAGACCAGGAUACAACUUACCAGGAGAUUACUGCAGACACCGCAAUUGAGACCCCAGAUGUGUAUGUUGCAAAACAGCUAAUGAGGCGUCACGCGCGCAACCUUCUACAUACCUUAAACCCAAGAGAAAGGAGGAUAAUCAGGCUAAGAUUUGGCAUUGAAGAUGGCUACGAGAAAUCUUUGUCAGAAAUUGGCACUGUAUUUGGUUUGUCUAAGGAGAGGGUCCGACAGUUGGAGAGCCGAGCAUUGGAUAAGCUCAAGCAGUGCCUUGCUAGUCAUGGACUUGAUGCAUAUGCAAACUUGCUUGUAUAGUUGUAUAGAUAAGUAGACACCAAAGUUAUGGAAGGCUGUUACUUUUAUCCUAGUUAAGUACAAAAAAGGAGUAACUAUCCAGCUUUUGACAACCCCCCAUGACAAUUGAGGAUGAAUGGGGUGAUUAUAGCGUGUUUAUUUCAUAUUUUCUUUCGUUGGAAUCAAUUAUAAAAUUAAGAAGCUACUCACAAAAGCUUCUUUCUAGAA